UAACCGGAUCGACCCGAUGCUGGCUGGGCCUCGGGCUGAUUACAUACGCCGCUGAGAAAUACAGUAUCGAUAAUACCGGCCCGCCAAACGAACCUCAGAAGCUUCUUGUGUCCCAACACCGAACGCCUUUUUCCCUAUCCUCAAUCAAACCUCCUUCCAUCCGCAAAUUAUCCCCACUCCCCCCCUUACCCUCCUCUCCCGACCUCGCUCACUCGGAGGAUUGGUUGUCUGUCCUGAUAUCGACCUCCUUUGGAUUUCUUUUCUCUUCGCUUCUUCUUCUAUUCCCUCGCCAUGUUCCGCAGUCUCCUGCCGCGGGCGACACCGCGGGCUGCCCUCCGCUCUGCCGGCCCCAAGGCUGUCCCUUCCAACUUCAUCGCUACUCCUUCUCUCACUCUCUUCACGAAACGUGGCUAUGCCUCUGAGUCGGGUAGGUCAUCGAACUCUCCUGACGAUGCCGGACAGGGUGAGGCCUGUCGCGGCCGAUGCCUGCUCUUCCGGAUCAAAACCCUUUUCCCGGUCUGUUCCCGGCUAACCGGUGGCUUCAUGGGGUAGGUGAGCACGAUGUCGUGAUCAUUGGUGGCGGUGUCGCUGGAUACGUUGCUGCUAUCAGAGCUGGUCAGGAGGGUCUCAAG